AUGGUGGCGUUAGUACUUUUUGCGGUUCCCAUCGGGGGUGACAAAACCUUGCUGGUGUGGGAGCUGAGCUCUGGACCCACGGCCGAGGCCUUGCAACAUUCUCUGUUCACAGUCUUCUCCCAGUUUGGCCUUCAGUAUUCGGUCCGAGUCUUCCCAAAUGCAGCAGUGGCCGGUCCUGGGUUCUAUGCCAUCAUCAAAGUUUAUUCAGCAAGGGAUGCCCACGGAGCCCAAAAGGCAUGCGACCAGAAGCAGCUUUUUCAGACAUCUCCAGUGAAGGGUCGUCUCGGCACCAGACAUAAGGUGGUUCGACACAAUACGCUUGCCCUAAACAGCUCCAGAUGCCAAGAAUUGGCAAAUUACUACUUUGGUUUCAAUGGGUGGUCAAAAAGGAUCAUCAAACUUCAGGAUCUUUCUAACCUUGAAGAAAGGGAAAAUGAAGAUAUUGUGACACCACUUCAGAAGCAAAGCCUGAAGUUCUUCUGUGCUUUAGAGGUGGUGUUGCCCUCCCACGAGUGCAGGAGUCCUGGAGUUGGCAUGGCUGAAGAACCUUUGGAUGAGUUGGAGGAAGUGGUCUGGAACCAAACUGCAAUAUCUCUGAAGUCUGCUGCAUCUCCUAUGUCAGGGAUCCUGCAGCUGAACUCUGCCCACUUCAACCCCCAUCACUUCAUUCCAGGCCCACCCCAGCUUCAGGCUGCCUGCCAGAGCUUACCAGACACCUUCUGCCUUCCUGCCAAAUCGUCCUCCUUCUGCAGAAUGUGGCUUAGUGGAAAAGACACAGACUAG